CAGACACUCGCCGACACUUUGCAACACUGCACUUUAAAAUUGUAAAUUAAAGCCGCAUUUCUAUUGCUUUCUACUUUGGAAGUUAUCCUUAGAAAGUACAAAUUACAAGCCGACAAACACCACGCAAAAUGUCGGUGGUGGACUUGCAAGUGAAUCGGAAUCUGCUCUGCCCGAAUUUCGAUGGCUACAAGCUCUCGUUCGAUCCAGUUCCAGUGCUGCGACAAUCUUUGGAUGGCUUCGCCUUAAAACGGGAUCCACAUGCAAAUCAAUAUUCGCUGCUGCACACAGAACUGUUUGCCAAGCACAAUCUGCUAUUCAGCGAUCCCUGGGCACGUCAUCAAUGCUACUACAUCAAUGUCUCCCAUGAACUCGUGCUGUGCUCCUACAACGAAGCCGAUGGACAACCGCGUCCACAGCGUACCGUCUAUCAAAUACCCCGUUGGGAUCAUGGCGAUGGCCAAAAUGUUGUCGGCGACUACAACUACACGCUGCGCUUCGUCUCCGAGAAACUGGCCGUACUCUGCGACGGCGUACUCACCUACAUGCUGCUGGACACUGGUGAUCGGGAGCGUGCCGCAACGUGGCAGCUUCUAACACGUUCGCCAGUCACACCGAAUGGUGAUCAGCGUGGCUUUGUGCUCCACGAUGCACGCCUCGAUGUGCUGCAAGAGCGUAAACAAAUCUCACUGGCUGCCGCACACAUUGAGCGACGUCGCGAGGAGUUUGUCACACAGCUAACGUGGUCACGUUGGAGUUGGCAGCAGGCAGGGGCAGAGGCAGAGGCAGGCACAGCUGCUAGCUGGACGUAUGAGCUCUGCCAGCCAUCGCUGGCCACCAAGGGCAGUGUCUACUAUUGCGCCUUUGAGCCGCGUGCCCAAUCCUUGAUCGUGUGCUCCAAUGGCGAUCUGCAGACGCCACAACAACAUGAGGCAGCUCGAGAAGCAGCCGCAGCCCAAGCUGCAGAGGAUGCAGUGCCGCCUUACGACUGGCAACAGACACCGCAAGAUCUUAGCUUGCGUUUUACGCUCCCAGCGGAUGCUAAACGUGACGAUCUCAAAAUCGAAAGCACUUCGACUCGUCUGCUGGUUGAAUACAAGGAUCAACUGCUGCUGGACGGCGCCUUGUUUGCGCCUGUGGAUGAGCAGCUGACUAACUGGACGCUGGAGGCAGCUGGCAACGAGCUGCAGUUGCAGUUGCAGUUGCAGUUGAGCAAAACGGAGGAGAAGCAAUGGCCAAAUUUGCUUGCCGAGCAGGAGCUUCCGGCCGAGCCGUUACCCAUUCCCAAUCUGGAGGAUCCCAUUGAGGAUUGUGAUUUGCCGCUGGAGGCGAGCGACAAUGACAUCAAGAUGGUUCGCUUCAAUUUGGGCCAUGGCUGCAUUACACACACCAUCUUUCUGGGCGCGAUGCCUCCGCUGUUUGGCACCACUUUGCGCCCCGGCUUUCCGGCUGCCUUUGCGACACGCCACGACGUCGAUGGUGCCAUCUGGCUGCAGCAAUUCCAGCCGUCGCGACCCGACGAAUGGAACGUGCGACACGAGGGACAGUUGAAUGCCUUUGGCUAUGUGGUGGCAUCGAAGGAGCAGCGCAAAUUCGUCGAUUGCUGUCCGCAGCUGGACUAUGCUGUCAUCUGUGAGAGCUAUCGGCAUGUGUUCAUCUAUAAGCCGCACAACGAGGCCGCCGGUGGUUUGCGCAAUCGCAACGGACCACAGAUCGUGAUUGGCAAGCAGCAUUUGGUGACGCUGCCUGAUGAUGUGGGCGAGGUGUUGGGUUUGGUGACAGCGCCCAAAGUCAUUAUCAUAUUUACGCAGCAUGCGAUGCUCUAUUUACAAGUUUAACUUUGUAUAUACGCAUCGUUUUUAUUUUGUACAUUUUUAGCAAUAGAAAUAAAUAAAUACACUUUGGAAAUUUUUAAAUAUUUCAAAACUUGGCGCGCAUUUUGCAACACUAUCAGCUGUGUGUGCUGCCAUCUGCGCCUGUACCGCAUGGCAGCACAUGGACACAAUCUGGCAACGCUAAAUGCGUACAACUUUUUUUACAUAAAUAGCCGCGCGCAGUGGCAGGUUUUUAUAGUUUUUUUUUUGGAAUUUUUGUGUUAACAAUCGUCGUGCUCGUUAUUUGCGGGUAAAUACCAAGCAACCAAUCAACAAAACAGAUAAAGUAAUAACAUUUUUCGCAAGAACCGAAAUUUAUCCAAGUGUAGCAUUUGAUAUAAAUUUCAAAUGCAAAUCAAGUGAAACUUCUAGUAAAUCCGAAAAUUGUGUGCAUAUUUUAGUGGAAUUGUGAAAUUGUUGGCUGCGGCACAACCAAAAAAAAAAAGAAUCAAA